AUGAAUUCUCCUUUAAGUGAAUUCAAAGAAAUUUAAUUGAGACAAAUAGAACAUAGAUAUUAUCAGAAAGAUACAGAAUAGAUAAAAUAGAUUUUAAAUUCUAUAAAAAUGAUUGCUUUUGAAAACACAUAUAAAAAAUAGUUAUAAUAACCUAUAAAAUUAAAUGAGAAUAUAAAAUGUUAGGAUGACAAUGAAAUAGUUUAAUUUUAUAGAAAUCAAUAUAAGUCAAUUGAUAUUGUAGAAAGAUCUAAUUUAAGAUCAAGAAUCAUUAAUAAAAAACUUAUUGAAUAUUAAAAUCGAAAUACUCCAAAAAAUUUGAAAAUGGGUUUUACUUCAACUAAAAAUAGUGAAAAUGUGGGUUAGUUUUUAAAUAAAGUAAAAAAGCCUUUAGUUGUUUCUAAUACAGAGAGAAUAAGUUUUGACAAAACAAAAACCAUAUUAAAUAAAACAAUGUAAUAAACUUUCAAUGAUUUUACUUAAAAAUGGAUAAAAAAUGAAAUUCUAUAUUCUCCUUCAAAAUCUAUGAAUGAGGAAAAAUUAAAAAGAGGAAAAUCAAUAUUUUUCGAUGAAAUAACGAAUAGAGCUUAAUAGAUAGUUAAAUCUGCAACAACCGAUAAAAAAGAAUAAUAUAAUUCAUAUAAUGCAUAUACAAAAAAUAAGAUAAAAGAAAUGAGUUCAAUUUAAUUAGGAAAUCUUUCUUUUUAAGUACAAAAGAAAUGCAAUAAUAAUAAUAUUGUAUUUGAAUAAGAACUGAGACUAAUAAAAAAUAAAAUAGCAAAAAGAGUAAAACCUAAUAUUUUAAUAGUUGAUUAAAAAAGAAUAGAACUUUGA